AGUGAAGAAAACGUUUGGAAGCUCUGUGACUACAUCAGGAGUCAGGAUCAAUACCCUUUAGAAGAAUUUUAUGCUGUUUUCAUAUCCAAUGAUAGGAGGAUGAUUCCACUCUGGAAGCAGAAAUCAGGACAUGGCGAUGAGCCUGUUGUCUGGGACUACCACGUUAUUCUACUUCAUGUUCCCAGCGGGGAGCAGAACUUCAUUUAUGAUCUUGACACAGUGUUGCCGUUUCCCUGUCCUUUUGACGUGUACAGUGUGGAGGCCUUUAGGUUGGAUGACAGCCUUCAUCCAGAAUUUCACAGGAAAAUCAGAAUGAUUCGAGCAGAUAUGUACUUGAAGACAUUUGCUUCAGACAGAUCUCAUAUGAAAGAUGCAAAUGGGAGAUGGCAGAAACCUCCUCCUUCAUACCCUUGCAUCGAAACUGCAGAUUCCGCCAUCUCUCUGGGCGAUUUGUUCCAAUAUUUGACCACUGUCAUG